AUGCGAAACCCCAUCUCAACUCGCCUCACCUUCGCUAUACUGGCUCUCUUGCCUGCCUGGAGUUCUGCCACUGAUACCCUCAGCACCGGAAGCGUGUCGACAUGCUUGGCCGACUCUGCCAUCAAAGUCAACAGAUUGGACAUAACAUUCUCUCGGUCCACGAGAACCAUCAACUAUGACGUAUCCGGAACGAACACCAAAGAGCAGAAUGUCACGGCUGUUCUAUCAGUAACUGCCUAUGGUAAACAAGUGUACACCAAGGAGUUUGAUCCCUGCGAUGGCGACAAUUACAUAUCCCAGCUCUGCCCUGUUCCGGUUGGUACUUUCUCAGCGUCCGACUCGCAGGAUAUUCCCGAGGAGUUUGCGAGUCAGAUCCCGUCGAUUGCAUUUUCGAUUCCGGACUUGGACGGCCUCGCAAAGCUCCAGCUAAAAUCCAAAGAUGACGACACUGAGGUUGCCUGCAUUCAGUCCGAGUUGACCAAUGGAAAAUCCGUUGAGCUCCCCGCUGUUUCCUAUGCCGCUGCAGGUAUGGCGGGAGCCGCGCUCGCUCUUAGUGGGCUUUCAGCUCUAGGAUCUGCUGGGAGCACAGGCUCUCCGUCUUCCAGUCCUGGGUUUGGAGAGGUAAUGGGUUGGUUCCACACCAUGGCAACCAAUGGCAUGCUCAGCGUGAACUAUCCUCCUAUCUAUCGCAGUUUUUCCAAAAACUUCGCCUUCAGCACUGGCCUGAUUCCUUUGGCUCAAAUGCAGCACUCAAUAGAUAACUUUAGAAGGCUCACAGGUGGCAACCUCACUGAAAAUAACUACGACUAUUGGAAAGAAGUGGGCGGCGAAUCGUCCGAGUCCAACAAGACCAAGCGAUCCUUUGAUAUGAUUUUCGGGGCAGCGCGGCUGGUUAUACGAGAGGUCGAGAGUUCUGUGAACGAGACAUCAUCCGAUGACGAGAGUGUUUUCAGUGUGGACGGAAUGGAGAGGAUAAGCCAGGAGCUUCUUAUUCCGCAGUCUAACACAUUCAUGACGGUUCUGCUGGUUUUCGCCAUCGUUGUGGCAGCUAUCACCGUGGGAAUCCUGCUCGUCAAAGUUGUCCUCGAAUUAUGGGCACUAUAUGGAUCGUUCCCCAAGAAGCUUGCCGAGUUUAGGGAAGAUUACUGGGGUCUUCUCGCUAGAACAAUUACUAACCUGAUUCUGAUUCUCUACUCCAUCUGGGUUAUGUACUGUGUUUAUCAGUUCACAAGCGGGGACUCUUGGGCCGCGCAACUCUUAGCCGGUGUGACUUUGGCAAUAUUCACCGCCAUCCUCGGAUUCUUCGCCUGGCGCAUCAUACAUCUUGCUCGCAAGUACAAGAAAGCAGAAGGCGACGCAUCAUCGUUGUACGAAAACAAGGAAACGUGGCGAAAGUACAGUCUUUUCUACGACAACUACAAGAAGGACUACUGGUGGCUCUUCAUCCCAGUCAUCGUUUAUAUGCUUGUCAAGGGUUGCAUAAUUGCUGGUCUUAACGGACACGGAUUGGUGCAGUCAGGCGCUCAGCUCGCUGUCGAGGCGCUCAUGUUAAUCCUCCUGCUUUGGAAUCGGCCGUACGUCGCUAAAUCAACCCAGUGGAUCAACAUCAGCAUUCAGGUAGUCCGUGUCUUGUCUGUUGCAUGCGUGCUUGUUUUCGUCGAGGAGCUCCACCUUUCGUCAACAACCCAGACGGUCACCGGCGUCGUUCUAGUUGUUGUUCAAUCGGCACUGACAGGCCUUCUUGCCAUUCUCAUCGCUAUCAAUGCAAUUAUUAUCUGCUUCCGGGAGAAUCCCUAUGCAAAGCGGCAGAAGGAAAAUGAAAAACUGAACCGUGAGAUCGAUGACCUAACGCCACUAGACGCGCGCGAAUCACUUCUUAUGGACCACCCUCCUCGCAAAGAUUACUCCGAGAUGAGCAACUUCAAUUUCACUGGUCCCUACGAACCAUACCGAGACCAACAUCCUCUAAACUCAAAGCGAGGAUUCAACGACAGCUCCGACCGCCUGGUUGAUUCUGCGUACCACGACGAACCCCGGCAUGGUCGUACCACCAGCCGCGGUAGCCGAGGAAGCCGUGACAGCUAUGGUUCUUCUGACGGCCGUAAGCCGACGGCCCCUGGCUAUGGCUUCGCCUAUUGA